AUGAUGCUGAAUACAGUACUGCUGUGUGUGGCCAUCACCCAGGCAAUUCAAGCCAUGCUCACCUCAGGCUCUGGCAAUGGCCGGUUUGAAGAUAUUAACUCUGGCAUCACCAAUGGCAGAUACAACUACGCAGGUUUACUACGAAAAGCAAAGGAAUCUGGAUUGAUGAUACCAGGAAGUUUGCAAGGAGCGGAGGCCCUCCUAACAGACAUAGGAGCAGCUGAGGAAGACCUGAUGGAGGAUUAUAGUCAGUCGGACCCAAGGCAGGCAAUAUCACUGGAGCUUUCUUCCCGUGAAGAGCGUUCUCCGAGAAGGUGUGUCCAACUCCAUGAGUCCUGUGUUGGUCACCUGUCCUGCUGUAGCCCGUGUGCAACUUGCUACUGCCGAUUCUUCAAUGCAAUUUGCUAUUGCAGGAAAACCAGCACUAAUUGCCACCAAGGCAAAAACUAG